AGUGGCAGCCGCCAGAGCAGCGCAGCGCCUGGUCGCCCGGGUCGCCCGGGUCGCGGAGCAGGUAGAGCCCCCACCCUGACCCCGACCCUGGCCCCGGCCCCGGUUCGGACGUCCCCAGGGUCAGGUGCAAGGAUCCCUGGGAGCCUGGCUGCAUCACCGGGUCGGGGAACUGAGCCCAGACCCACCCGAGUCAAACAGCGAAGCUGGAAAACUCGCCCCGACCCGAGGACGCGUCCGACCUCCCUGACCCUGCGGCGAGGAGCAGGGGAGCAGCGAGGCUGAGGCUGACACAGAGACGCCUGGUGGGGUGGUGUCGCAGAGGGCACCGUAAGGACCGCGGAGUUCCGACCCGCGACAGGCACUCGUCUCGCAGCCCAGGAGCACCGGUCCAGCCGUUCGCCCAGCAGUGACCCGCGCCGGGCACGGGCUGCACAGGUCCCUCUCCUGGGAGAGCUGCGGCCCAGGACGAACCCAGUGUUCCUCAGCUCCCCGAAGAUCCUAACAGGCUGGGCCUUGCUUCUCCACUUUCUGUCUGCCGAGUCUGUCUGAGGAGUCCUCUUGCCCAGCGGCCCUCAGCUUUUUCCUGAGAGAAACUCAGCCCCUGCAGUGCACACCCCUCCACACCCAGAUGCCUGAGUAGCUUCCUCUGGCCCAGCGAUGGAGAAGCGGGUGGGCAGACCCCGGCUGUGUCUGAUGCUGCUUCUGUCUCUCCCUCAGCUCUGCCUGGGCCAGGAGGUCUUGUCUGGACAUGCUCUUCAAAUACCCCAAGAGGAGGGCCGGGUCCCUGAGGGUGUCUGGGGACCUUGGGACCAGUGGACUGCGUGCUCCCAGCCCUGUGGGGUGGGGGUGCAGCGCAGAAGCCGGAUGUGUCAAUUCCCUCCAGGCCUGGCCCCACCUCCCAGGCCUCCAAGAUACCCAGAAGCCCUGCGCCCCCAGGGCCGGGGUCCCAGACCUCAGACUUCGGUAGGAACCCGGCCCCUCCACAAGCCACAGCCCCGGGGAAGGGGCGGCCCACUUCGAGGUCCUGCUUCCCACGUGGGGAGACAGGAGCCCCAGGAGGCCUUGAGGUCCUGGGUUCGAGAUCCCAUCAAGCCUGGCAUGUUUGGCUAUGGGAGGGCACCCUUUGCCUUGCCACUGCACCGGAGCCGCAGACACCCUGGGCUCUCACCCAGGCCUGAGCCCUCCCUAGCCUCUGAUGCAGUGAACUGGACGCUUCCCUCCUCUUCAAAGCACAGCCGCCAAGUUCAGCUCCCAUCUACAGGAUCUGCUGCUCCCACCUCAUCCCCCUCAGCAGAACCCACCAGGUCCCAAACUGCUGAGGUAGAAGUGUCUCCCAGAACCAGCCCUGAUGCCAUACAGCCCCACCCCAGAGCCCAGGCCUCUGGAGGUGGAGGGGCCCCCUCACGGACCUACUCUUCCUUGGGAGAAAGUGGCUCCUUCCUCUCCUCCCCUCAGCCGAGAAUACCUACCUCCCACCGCCUGGCCAGCCCCCAGGUAGCAGGCAGACACCAGGAUCCUUUACCUUACCUCCCUCGGGGCCAAGGCCAGCAGAGCCAGGGGCAUUGGCAACCCAGGGGGAGUCUUCCAGUGUCCCUCUCUGAGCCUGCCCGUCAUUACCCACAUGGGUGGCUGCCUCUGCUAAGGGCUGGGCCCCACCCGAGCUCCCUCUGGAGCCUCUUCACUCCCAGUGAGCCUGUCCCAAGAUGUUCUGGGGAGAGUGAACAGCUUCGAGCCUGCAGCCAGGAGCCCUGUCCCCCGGAGCAGCCAGAUCCCAGGGCCCUGCAGUGUGCAGCCUUUGACUCCCAAGAGUUCAUGGGUCAGCUAUACCAGUGGGAGCCCUUCACGGAAGUUCAGGGCUCUCAACGCUGUGAACUGAACUGUCGUCCUCGUGGCUUCCGCUUCUAUGUUCGUCACACUGAAAAGGUCCAGGAUGGGACUCUGUGUCAGCCUGGAGCUCUGGACAUCUGUGUAGCUGGACGCUGCCUGAGCCCCGGCUGUGAUGGGAUCCUUGGCUCUGGCAGGCGUCCAGAUGGCUGUGGAGUUUGUGGAGGUGAUGAUUCUACCUGUCGCCUCGUUUCGGGGAACCUCACUGACCCAGGUGGCCCUCUGGGCUACCAGAAGAUCCUGCAGAUUCCAGCUGGAGCCUCCCGUCUCCAGAUAGCCCAGCUUCGGCCCAGUUCCAAUUACCUUGCACUUCGAGGCCCUGGGGGCCGCUCCAUCAUCAAUGGGAACUGGGCUGUGGAUCCCCCCGGCUCCUACACAGGCUGUGGGACUGUCUUCCUGUACAAUCGUCCUCCAAGGGAGGAAGGUCGAGGGGAGAGUCUGUCAGCUGAAGGCCCCAUCACCCAGCCUGUGGAUGUCUAUAUGAUAUUUCAGGAGGAUAACCCAGGUGUUUCCUAUCAGUAUGUCAUCUCAUCAUCUCCAGUCCUCCAAAACCCCACUCCAGAGGCCUCCAUACCCCAGCUUCAGCCUGAGAUGCUCAGGGGGGAGCCCCCACGCCCCUCAGUGCCCCGCCCAGCCCGGGCCCCAGGUACCCUCCAGCGCCAGGUGCGGAUCCCUCAGAUGCCUGCUGGAACCCAUCCCAGAACACCCCUGGGAUCUCCAGCUGGAUACUGGAAGCGAGUAGGAUACUCCCAGUGUUCAGCAUCCUGUGGAAAAGGCGUGUGGCGUCCUGUUUUCCUCUGCAUUUCUCGUGAGUCAGGAGAGGAACUGGAGGAACAUAGCUGUGCUGUGGGUGCCAAACCCCCAGACUCCCCUGAGCCCUGCCAUGGCCCACCAUGCCCUGCAUACUGGGAGACUGGUGAGUGGACAUCUUGCAGCCGCUCCUGUGGUCCUGGUACCCAGCACCGCCAGCUGCACUGCCGGCAGGAAUUUGGGGGUGGUGGCUCCUCUGUGCCUCCCGAGCGCUGUGGACACCUCCCCCGACCCAACACCACUCAGCACUGUCAGCUGCACCUCUGCAGCCACUGGGAGGUGGGCUCCACCUGGAGCAAGUGCUCCGUGCGAUGUGGGCGAGGCCAGAGGAGCCGGCAGGUUCGCUGUGUGGGAAACAACGGUGAUGAAGUGAGUGAGCAGGACUGCGCCUCUGCUGCCCCCCGUCCCCCAAGCAGAGAGGCCUGUGACAUGGGCCCAUGUACCGCGGCCUGGUUCCACAGUGACUGGAGCUCCAAGUGCUCAGCCCAGUGUGGGACCGGAGUCCAGCGGCGUUCAGUGGUCUGCCUCGGAAGUGGGGAGACACAUGGGGCAGGCAGGGAGGAGGCAGGCACAGGGACUGGUGAGGAGAGCUGUCCCCUGGGAAGCCGCCCUCCUGACAUGCGUGCCUGCAGCUCCGGACCCUGUGAGACGACGUGGUGCUGGUACACAGGGCCCUGGGCUGAGUGCUCCUCAGAGUGUGGCUCUGGCACACAGCACAGAGACGUCAUCUGUGUGUCCAAGCUGGGGACUGAUUUCCAUGUGGCUUCUCCCAGCAACUGCUCUCACCUGCCAAGGCCCCCUGCCCUGCAGCCCUGUCAGGGGCAGGCCUGCCAGGACCGAUGGUUCUCCACACCCUGGAAUCCGUGUUCCCGUUCCUGCCAGGGAGGCACGCAGACGCGGGAAGUCCAGUGCCUGAGCGCCAACCAGACUCUCAGCACCCGGUGCCCUCCGCAUCUGCGACCGUCCAGGAAACGGCAGUGUAACAGCCAGCCCUGCAUCCAGCACCCUGAUGAUCGGUGUCAGGACAGCUCUCCAUACUGCCCCCUGGUGGUGCAGGCUCGGCUCUGCGUCUACCCCUACUACACAGCCACUUGCUGCCGCUCCUGUGCACAAGUCCUGGAGCGCUCCCCGCUGGAGCCCGCCUGAAAGCGGGCCCAGGAGACCCCCGUCCGGUUCUCUCACUCCGGCACUGGCCCUCGUCCAUCAGCCCGUGCUGUGCCCCUGGCUCUCCAGCCGGUCCCAGGCUUACCCAGGACACCCUCCAGAGCGACUGGAGGUGGUUGUUGAUGUGUGGGUCUGUUUGAGGUGUGCUAUGUGUGCACCCGCGCUUCCAGACUUGUGUGCGGCUGGCUGCGUGUGUGCGACUGCGGAUCACUUCCCAAAGAGAAGUCAAAAGAGCUGGACAGGAAUGAGCGCAGACAGUACUUGUUUCCCCAAGACUUUUCUAGGCGGAGAGGAAAGCAAGUUUGCAGCUCCUCACUUAUCUGAGCUACUUAGAAUGUGGUCUUCUCAGCAAUUCGUUUUGUGCCCUAAACCUGGUUUCUCAUAUGCGGGUCUCACAUCUUCUAAACCACUCUUUUGGGCUGGGGGUGGAGGUGCAGCUCAGUGGUAGGCUGCUGGCCAGGCAUGCACCCAGCUCUGCGUUUGAACCCCAGCACUGCCAAAAAAAAAAAAAAAAAGCCAUCCUUUUGGCCCUGACCUCCCCCCCGCCCUUCACCACCUCUACCUUUGCCUUCCUAAUCACCUUGGGCUAUCAGCCAUUGCCAUCACACCCCAGGCCAGAGCAGGGAGCAUCUGAACUGAGGGUGGAAAAAAAGAAAUGUUAACAGAAGUGCAGCCCAUGAAAUGGUUCCCACCCCAGAACUAAUUUAUUUUUUAUUAAAGUUGACUAU